CCACCUCUCUCAUAUUAGCCACCGUUCCUUGCGCCGGAUGAGAACACUGUCCUUCAGUCUCCUUUUUCCCCUCUACUUCCCCGGCUCUCGUUCUGGAAAAUGCUCUUCCUAUUGCCUACCCGUUACAGUCUUAUGUUAAUUGCCACCACUUUGACAUGCUUAUUGCUUUAUCUCACCUUCUCCCCGCCCACCUUCUGGGAUCAAGCUGUCGUCUAUGACGAUGCUGCCCCUCGUGGCAAUGGCACGGAUCAUCUGCAUAUGUCUCAGCACUUGUCAACCCCUAUACGAGACAAACGAUUGGCCCAAGUCUUGAAUGAUACUUUGGGUUUCCAGGAGAUCUAUUUGAUAUCAUUACCCACACGCACCGACAAGCAAGACACAUUCGCCAUGCAGGCUGCCUUCACAUCCCUUAGGUAUACCGUCAUUGAUGGUGUUGAUGGCAACACUGUUCCUUCAAAAGCCCUUCCACAUACCAUGGACUUGGGUCCGAAUAUCGUCGGUUGCUGGCGAGCUCACAUGAACACUCUCCAGAAGAUGGUUCGCGAAAACAUUGCCACUGCCUUGAUCUUUGAAGAUGACGCCGACUGGGACGUCUCGUUCAAACAACAAAUGGUUCAAUUUGCUCGAGGUUCUCGAUUCAUCACCAAUACCACUCGUCCUGAGAAAUCGGCCUCACCAUAUGGCGACAAUUGGGAUAUUCUCUGGAUCGGCCAUUGUGGAACUUGGUAUCAUGAACAGGACAACCGCCGCAUGUUUGUCAUUCCUCAAGAUCCGACCGCCGAGCCUCUCCAGCUUCGUCAGAACGUCGAUCAGCCGGACCUGUCGCACUGGGAGACUGGCCCUCACGCCGACCCACGCACACGAGUUGUCUUCAAUUCCAAAGGCGGAGUCUGCACUCCAGGGUAUGCCAUUUCUCAACGAGGUGCUCGCAAGGCACUCUUCCACAUGAGCAUGAUUCCAUACAACGACCCAGUCGACUGGGGUUACGUGAAUCUGUGCAAUGACCAGAAAAUGAACAUGACGUGCGUUUCUGUGUUUCCUCAGCUCGUUGGUGUGUCGCGACCGACUGCCAAUACCAGCAAGACUAGUGAUAUUGGGUAUGGCAACGACGAGGAUCGAGUGGUGGAAGAGGCCAAGUCACUGCACAUUGUAUAUUCCACCAGGCUGAACAUGGAAAGGCUCAUCAGGGGCGAUACUGUUUUUGACAGCCAGUUCCCCGACAUCACUGGACCGCAGAUGGAUAUCAAGGAAAUCGGAGCAGCCGUUGGCCAUGCCGAGAUUCUUCAUGUUGACGAUCUACCCAAGCCUAAACUCGACGGACAACCCCCUACUUGAAAGGGCAAUAUCAUGAAUCGUCCUAGAUGGACGUCCUCAACCCGGCCAAAACAUGGAUCUCACAGCAUUCUGAUCGCAGUUAAACGAUCGCAUCUCAACACUCCCCAGAUUACGAACUCGAGCGGACAACUACCGGUGACCUGGAUGAUUUACUUGGUGUACAUCACGUUGAUGUCUCUCAUGCUCGCGUGUACAGGGACACAAGGUUCGCAGAUGGGAUAUACUAUCAUUAUUAUCGAACGAUGACCAUGCACUGUCUGCAUUGUUCAUUCGAAAGAGCAGGGAUGUCUCUGCAGGCAAGGUUGAAGCCAUUUGAAUUAUGACCUGAAAUAUACAGGUUCAUGUGAUAUCACGUGUUUGGAGUCGAGCAUUGUGGAAGAAACGGACUCCCGAUCUUUUUUGUACGAGUAGAUUGCGGAAGCGGUGGGAAAUUCUGAAACAAAAUCGCAAUCAAUGGCAAGAGCAAAAACGGGUUAGAUGCGUGGGGAGGUGGGGUCCGGUUCGGACAACGAUUGGAAGGUGCGAGUUGAGAUCAAUCUUGCCAGUGGUAAGCUAAGCC